GUUCAAUAAAGGAAGGAGUUAGUUUUUUUCUCUGUUUAAUUUAAAACUUUCUAUUUUUCAAAGUAUUCUUGAACGUUCAAUAUUAUUUUUUUCCGCAAACGGUUGAGAUAUUUCCGGACAUCAUGAUAAAGAACGUUACCGGUGCAAUUUUACUGUGCUCAUUAGCUGCACUUUGCAAUGCUGAUUGCCCUGCUCCUCCAAAGCACUACUCAGAGUUAGGAUGUAAACCAAUUAAAGAUCAAGGUUACGAUUGCCCAAAUAGAUACGACUGUACAACAUUAUGGAAACGUGACAAUCAAAAGUGUCACUUCAAUGGCCACUCUUAUGAGCCUGGAACUUCACUAUCCGAAAGUGACCAAGCAUUGGUACCUUGCUCGCCAGCCUGUCGUUGCAUGAACUACUCCUCGCCAGCUUCCUUCAACUGUGCCAGCAACGAAUGUCCGGAGUUUUUCAGACGAAAGGAAAACUGCAUCUACCAGUACACCAAGGGUCAAUGUUGCACCACAGGUCCCGCCAUUUGUGGCAAGAAAAUUGAAGAACUCGGCAAGUGCUACCUUGGGGGAAAGCUCUACCGAGAGGGUGAGCCGAUGUUUCCGGAGGAUAAUUCCUGCUACAAGUGCCAUUGCAAGCAGGGAUUUGAUAACAGUACCGUGGUGGGUAAUCCAGACUGCUACGAAAUCAACUGUGGCAUUGAGUUGAGGAACGCGGAACGGUUGGCCCUUGGCUGUAUUCCGGUUUACUUUGGAAACGAUCGGUGCUGUCCAAUUUCGUGGAGAUGUCCUGAAGACAAGGAUAAAAUCAUUGAAGAGGGCCCUCGCUCAGCCCAAGAUUCAAAGAUGCAGUGCAAGUUUGGCAAACUGACGAUGGGCGUUGGAGAUUCGAUUUCCUCUGAGGACAAGUGUGUCUCGUGCAAGUGUACUAUUCCACCGAUGGCUCAAUGUGUUCAAAGUAGGGAUUGCUAAAGUGUGAACUGCAUUUUUGUGUGAAGUCAAUGGUGAUAACACUAGCAUAAACUUUGAAAUCCUUAGAGACACUUGCACCUUGAAUAAAAAAAAUAAAAAAAAGGAAAAAUGGUUCAGGGCAUAAAUUAAGGUCUUUUACUCAAAAUUGUAUGGAGAAUUAGUGUGGUUCGUCGCUAUUGCAUAUAUCCUAGAAAUUAAAUGCAAUAUGUAAGAGAAGAGAACCACACUGUUUCUCUGGAAAAAAAAUCCACUGUGCCUAAUCAAACAAAAAUACAAUUGUACGUGACUCUGAGGAUCCCAAAUUGUAUGCUUCCCCUUGGUAGUUUAGUUAUCGAUCAAUGGAUAACAAGUUUAAUAAUAAUUUUUUUUGGAACAAUAGUAGUCAGUUCAAGAAAGAAACGAGUGGGAAGGGGGGGUUGACAAAACUAAACUGCUUUCAUGCCAAGAUUAAAAUAAUUAAAAUGUUUUUUUGCACAUCUGUUGUAAAACUAUAAUUCCUGUCUUUUUAAUUUUCGCUACAAAAAAAGGUCGAAAAGAAAAGUAAUAAUUUUCAAUAUUGUUUUGAUUUGAACAGUGGUUUGACUAAAUACAUGGGCAUUUGGCUUAAAAUUCUAUUCAGAGCAAUUCCAUGCCAAAUAGGGAAUCGAUUGUACCGGACCCUCUCCGAUUUCAAUGAAACUUUGUUGACAUUUUAUCCUACGCUUAUGUAAGCCAUUUUUGUGUAUAUGGAGCCAGUUUCACUCGAUAAUGACAUUGGAGAAGGGCGUAAGUGUUUUAAAUAUUUUUGUAAUUCGGAAUUUAAAUAUUUCUGUACCUCGAAGCCGUUGCAUCGUAGCAAAAAGUGGUCAAAGACAAACUUGUAAGAAAUUUGCCG